ACUAUGACGUAAAUGAUAAUAUCUGCUCCUAAGACUUACCAAAGUGUGCAAAUAUCUCAGCAGAGGAGAACAUACACCAAAAAUGUCAAUCGGCGUCGCCAUCAUUGGUUCUGGUAUAUUUGCUCAGACAGAACACCUGGUAUACCCCGCCUGCACAAUUUUUCUUACACGGCUCACUAAUAUCACGGUCUAGCCAGCAGUCCAAUCUACCCCUCAUUUGUCCCUCAAAGCUAUAUACUCCCGUUCUCUUUCAUCCGCACAGUCACUAAAUGUCGAUGUUCCUCUCUAUUCCGACGACUCGGGUGUUGGAAAAACAUUCCAUGACCUCCUUCUUCGUAGUGAUAUACAUGCUGUGAUAAUUGCCCUUCCAAUUCUCGUCCAGCCAGAAUACAUCGAAGCAGCUCUCGCAGCGGGCAAACAUGUUCUAUCCGAGAAACCGAUUGCAGGAGACUUAGAGCGCGCGCAAUGCUUGCUAGAAUAUUAUAAGAGCGAUAAAGUGAAGGAUGGGGCUACAUGGAGCGUGGCCGAAAAUUUCCGAUUCUUGCAUUCGUUCAUCCAUGCGAGGAAGGAAAUAGAAAAAUUAGGAAGAGUCUUGGGGUUUCGUAUGCAAUCUUUUGGCAAUGUUAAGCAAGGAUCCAGAUACUACGGUAUGCCACUUCCAUCUCAGCGAUGUCGUUGCAUAAAUUAACAGGUAUGGCAGAAACUGAAUGGCGCAAGAAGCCGGAUCACCAAGGCGGCUUUUUACUCGAUGGGGGUGUGCAUUCCACGGCAGCCGGCAGAUUGCUCUUAGGUGGGGCUGCAAGACCGACAUCCGUCGUAGCAUUCAGUACACUUCUUCGGGAACAUCUGCCACCCGUUGACACGAUCAAUUCAGUAUGGCUCACAAAUUUUGGGAUAUCAGGCACAUUCAGUGUUUCCUUCGGUACCACUCUUUCUGGUCCCGAAUACACAGUAGCUUGUGAGGAUGGUAGCGUUACGGUCAUCAGAAGCAAGGUCAUUGUACGCAAAGGCGAAGAAAGAGAAAAGAACUUUACGGAGGUUGAGUUCACGGAAGAGGGAAGUGGAGUGAAGCAGGAGGUUGCUGCUUGGGCGCAGAGCAUUGUGGAUAAGAAGCCUGAUACUAGACAAUCUCCAGAGGAAGCUCUUGCUGAUUUGGAAAUCUUGGAAAAGCUGUUGCGAAGUGGGGAAGAACAAGGGAAAAGUCAAAAUCUGCACUUCCAGAUAUAGGAUCGCACAUUCUUUACAAACACACCUUUUUAUUGAUCAGGGUGUAUUUCGAUGUUCAUUUUCUAUAUGAAAACUGAACCUUAUAUCUUCAGGUUG